AUGCAUAGACAAUUUAGAAUCCAAUCUAAAUAAUGUAAUGAGCUUUAAAAAGUUGCUAAAUUAAUACAAGAUAAUCACAACAAGAAGAUAGAUUCAGUGGAAUAACAUAAUUUGGGGAAUAUCAAAUCGAUCGAUUUACUUUAUAAAACAUUGGAUUAAUUAAAAUCAUAGAUUAAUUAAUAAAUCGAUUAACUUAUUGAAAAUACCAACGAAUGGAUUAAAUAUUUAAAAGAAAUUGGAUAAAAAUACAUCAAAUACAGUUUUUUUGAUCAAUUGGAUAAUUUGAUAAAUCAAAAUAAACUUAGAGAACUUGAUUACAGUACUUUAAAUACUGAAAUUAAUACAAUUAAUAACUCAUGGAGUCAAAAUAUAAUUACAUAGUUGAAUUAAUUCAAAUAAUUUGAAUUAACAAAAACAUGUGAAAAAUAAUUAACUAAUUUAAACUCUAUUAUUUAACAACCCUUCAAUAUGAAUUAAUUAGGAAUCAAUAAAUUCAACAGAAUGAAUGCAAUUGCUAUAAAUAAUAAUAAUUCAAUUGUAUUAGCUGGAUGUGAUAAUACUAUCAAAGUAUUCGAAUUUAAACAAGAAUUCUUGAAACUAAUUCAACUUCUAACUGAACAUUAAUAAAAUGUUUAUACAUUAAAUUUUAUGAAGAAAUCGACUCAAUUUAUAUCUAGGAGUAGAGAUAAUUAGAUUAUUAUAUAGUGUAUGGUUUAAGAGAAUUAAUGGAUCUGCUAAUAAAAAUUGAAUGAACAUUAAAGUUAGAUUAAUUGUUUAUUAUUGAAUAAUGAUGAAGAACUUAUUUCAUCAGGAAGCGAUGAUAAAAAAAUUAAAUUUUGGACAAAAAAGAAUGAAUUGGCAUGUUCAUUUACUAAUACGGAUUCUAAAAAUCAAGUUUAAGGAUUAAGUUUGAAUGAAAAAUAAAAUAGAGUGUAUCUUGUGAAUAUGAAAUGCUUUUUAUAUUAAUAAUAGAGUAAUAAUAAAAUUAAAAAUGGAAUUUGA